CUUAAAAAAACACUGAGCCGACUUAUAAAUGCAAAGGCAUCCUUCAAAGAGCACACUUCUGAGAUGGCAACUUCACUUCUAGGGAGAAGCGACUUUUCUGAUUAUCCUCGAGUCUCCUAUUACUUGUCUACCUGGAUUACAAACUAAUUAACGAAAUUUGGAAGAACCAAGGUUAGGAUCAACUCCUCUGGCCAUGUUAGCUGCAACCUGUAAUAAAAUCGGGAGCCCAAGCCCCUCUGCAUCAUCUAUUUCGGAUAGUGCCUCGUCUUUCGCAAAAGGAUUUCACCCGUGGAAAAGAGCCGCCCCAAGCAGCUGCAGCCUCGGCUCGAGCCUCCCCUCGUUCGGAGUGUCGGGAGCAGCACGGGGUGGUGCUGGGUUGGCGGACUCCUUCUGCGUGAACGGAUCUCCGGGGUCCAGCGCUUUCUCGCUAACGACCAACUCAUCCACCACCCCGUUUGGAAACGACUACUCUGUUUUCCAAUCUUCUGUUACAAAUGGUUCUCAAGAACCCAGUCCACAGUCGGUCUUUAUCUCCAAGGUACAUACUUCGGUUGACAGCUUGCAAGGUAUCUAUCCGAGGAUGACCGUUGCGCAUCCGUACGACUCGUGGUUUAAGUCCGCUCACCCGGGCAUCUCCGCCGGGGACGUGGGGACCGGUGGGACAUCGGCCUGGGCGUGGGACAUGGGGCCAAGCUGGAUUGAUGUUCAGGGCACAAACGGCGCCUCGCUUCAGACCUCGCUUCACUCUCCCCUGGGAGGGUACAACUCCGACUACACCACGCUCAGCCACUCCGCUUUUAGUGCCAGUCCGUCGCCUCAUAUUCUCGGCGGUGGACAGCACAUGAUGGACGGAUUCAAACCGGUGCUGCCGGCUGCCUACCCGGACACGAGUCCCACGUCAAUAACAGGUGCAAACGGCUCUGUUAUGUCCGGUUCUCCUGCGGUCUCUCUCGCGGGGUCUCCCCGGUCCUCGGCCCGGCGCUACUCAGGGAGAGCCACUUGCGACUGUCCAAACUGCCAAGAGGCGGAAAGGCUCGGUCCGGCGGGUGCCAGCUUGCGCAGGAAAGGGCUGCACAGCUGCCACAUUCCGGGCUGUGGGAAAGUGUACGGGAAGACGUCUCACCUCAAGGCGCACUUGCGGUGGCACACCGGGGAGCGACCGUUCGUGUGCAACUGGCUAUUCUGUGGGAAAAGAUUCACCAGGUCCGACGAGCUGCAGCGACACCUCCGCACACACACCGGUGAGAAAAGGUUCGCCUGCCCGGUGUGCAACAAGAGAUUCAUGCGCAGUGACCAUCUCAGCAAACACGUGAAAACCCACACUGCGGGAGGUGCGGGAGAACCAGGAUCCGGGAACGGGUGUAAAAAGGGCAGCGACACCGACAGUGAGCAGAGUGUUCCCGGUAGCCCAUCGUGCCAUACUCCUGACCUAAUGCAUCCAAAUGAUUCCGUCCAAACGGCGGGAUUGAACGGCCACAAUGCAAUCAACUAGAGGUCCAUACAGACUCCAUAUAUAUAUACACUGAAAUGUUGCACAUGCACUGACAAAAACAAACUACUGGAAAAGUCGAACUUAACAGAAGACAUAGAUUUUUGAGGACACGCUCUCUCAAUUUUGAGAAACCAUUUUGCUAAAAAAAAAAAAAAAAGAGUAUACGGUCUCUUCAAGCUUUCAUCAAAAUGAUUUACCACAUCUAUUGCGAGCAUGAAUUUGUUUAGAAGACCUUCGACUUUAGCGUAAAGACGAAAGCAGCGCUCCCCUACGAGUUCAGGAAGAAUCAGCGAAGAAAACUUGCUAACUUGAGAAGACUUUGAAAUGUUUACACUACAUAUUUGGGUGUCUUGACAAUUUGAUCAUUUUAACCUCUGUUCUUUUUUUUUCGUUCAAUAGCCUACAAUACUGCAGCACUUUACUUUCGAACAUUCUAAGUAAACCUUUUUUUUCAUGCCAGUGAUUGCAUCAGAGCAAGCUAAAAAGUCUUUUGGUCAAAAUAUCAGAGUUUUUUGUCUUUAGUUGUGGAAUGACUAAUGUCUUAACUGUAUGGUUAACGGAUAUUUUUGGUAUGAUCUAUGGAUUUAUUUAAGGACUGCCAGAGGCCGCAGAUGAAUAUACAACUAGAAAUAGGCGUGAAAUAUAGCUAUUGAAGGCGAUGAGACGACGGCGUUAAUUCAGGAGACAAGUUUUGUACAGUAGGCUCAUUUUCUUGUGCAUUGCUGUUCUAUGGAGUGCAUUUUGACUUUUUGCUUUUUUUCCCUUUCUCUCUUUCUCUAUCGUUUAGGGGUAAGCCUGAAAUUGUAUAUAUGGUUGGUUCUGAUUUAUUUAUCCAUGAAUUGGACUUGUACGUUGAAGUCUGAGUCGCACUUUGGAAUUAUAUUUAUGAUUUUAGAAUUGUAGAGCUCCGUUCGAGUGUUUUAUUUGCUUUUAUAAUUUAAGCAUGUAAAUGUUUGAAAACACUGAUCGUUGGU